AUUUCUUAAACAAAAGUCCGACAUAAUAUUUCCUUCCAGAGUAAGAAACAAUUGACCUUUUUCUUCGUCUUCGACUCGAUCAAUUAAGGUUUUUCUUUUUGGGUUCCGAUCCCUUGGGUUCAUUGAUUAUCCCACAAUCAACAAACCUACCACCUGCGAGCUAUGUUCAGGUUCUGGGGUUCACAGGAGCAACAAGCUCAGCCACGCCCACAAGAGGGUUCUUCACAUUCUUCGUAUCCUCCUGGUUUUAGCUCCCCUAAUACUUCCCGGCCUUUGACACCAAGUACCAGUGCUUCUAGUAGCUUCGAAAGGCCACAUUCUGAAGCUGCAGGAAUCAUUGCUCAUUUGAGGGACAAAAGUGUUGAUGAAUUACGGAAGCUUUUGUCUGACAAGGAUGCAUACAAUCAGUUCCUGCUAUCAGUUGACCAGGUUAAAAUUCAAAACAAUAUAAGAGAUGAACUUCGGAAGGAGACUUUGCAGCUAGCGAGGAACAAUCUGGAUAAAGAACCACAAAUAGUGGAGCUAAGAAACCAGUGCAGAAUCAUCCGUACAUCUGAACUCGCAGCAGCUCUGGAGAAACUAAACGAUCUCGAGAGGGAGAAAGAAGAAAUCCUUAAGUUCUACUCCCCUGCAUCAUUUAUCAACAGGCUUCAAGAUGCAGCGAAUGAGACGGACAAGGAAUCAGAUGUGGUGCACAGGCAGUCCUUGAGAAGGAGAUAGAUAUAGGGACUUUCAUACAGAAAUACAAGAAACUCCGAACAAGUUACCACCGCCGUGCUCUAACUCACCUUGCGGCUAAAUCGUCUCCAAUU